AUGACUUAUAUGGACUAUAAAAUCGACGUGUUUCUGCGACAGCGCUGGAACGAUCCUCGCCUUCGUCACUCAGCCGAGGCUGAACACUUCACUAUCAUGGACCCCGAGUUGCACAAGAAGAUCUGGAAGCCUGACACGUACUUUGAGAACGUCAAGGAGGCUCACAUCCACAGCGUGACCAUGCCUAACCAGCUCCUGAGGGUCUAUGAGAACGGCGACGUCAUAUAUAGCGUGAGAGUUACGCUGAGACUGUCUUGCCACUUGGAGCUCGAGUUGUACCCGUUCGAUGCCCAGAAAUGCUACGUCAAACUAUCAUCGUAUUCGAACGAGAUUUCCGUGGUUCGAUACAAAUGGUUCGCUGAGCAGCCCAUCGUUAUUUCGGGCGACAUAGAAAUUGCUGAAUUCGACCUCGUCGCAAACUCUACAUACGAGCACAACUCAACCUUAACCAAAGGUCUAUUCGUGGGCAGCUACAGCGGCCUGACUGCGAGCUUUACGCUGCGGCGCCAGAAUGGCUACCACAUCCUACAGACCUACAUUCCCACCAUCAUGAUCGUCGCCAUAUCCUGGGUGUCCUUCUGGCUCGACCCUAACGCUGUACCUGGCAGGGUUACUUUAGGGGUUACAACUCUGCUCACUCUAACUACCUUGUCUGCUGCGGUCCGACAAACCCUGCCUCCAGUCUCAUAUGUGAAGGCAAUCGACAUCUGGGUGGGCAUGUGCAUGUGCAUGGUCUUUGGAGCAUUGCUCGAGUUUACCUUCGCCAACUACCUCGCCAACAAGAAGAUGGUCAACUCCAGACUACCUGGCACAAUCUACAUACCCUCGUGGCUCGCCGGACACUCAGAGAAGCAGCAAUCUCAGGAAAACCGCAAGAAAAAGGACGCGGGGCCAAUUGAGCUGCUGAGGGUGCAGACGGUGGCGGCGGAGGGAGACGUGGGCUACAGCAACCGCGCAGGAGGGCAGCCUAAGACCGGCAAUACAACCCGCAAGCGUCAGGGUGAGGGCGAGACGUACAUGUUCUACGCGCUGCUCGUGGACCGCAUCAGCCGCCUCUUGUUCCCAGCUAUAUUCAUCAUCUUCAACUUUAUCUACUGGCCAACGUUUGUCUACAUGCAGAUCAUGGAGGAUGAGUGGUUGAAGACUAGGAGAUAGAUCAGUUCGCCUCUGCGGCCGCUCGUCUGUUUCAUCACAUUUGCCAAACUCAGUAUUUGAUAUCACGCAUGUUACCGGUCCUGUACCUUCAUUUUCAAACAGUUCCACAUAAGAGUUGAGCUUUAGUUUAGUCAACAUGCAGGUUCUUCCAUCUGUAACGUCGGACCGUUUUAUCCAUCGAUUUUGACUUUAGGCUUGAAUAUCUAUUUAUGGAUGCAAGUUUUCCUACCUGUCAUCUCUCCGGGUUUUCCUGACAGUCUUAUCAACAGUUUAAUAAAUAAUUUUAAUUAGUUUUGACUACAUGUUUUAUCUCAAUCCAUUAACUAGUUUAUUUACAAAACUGACUUUGGAAGUCAAUAUUUCGGAUUAACAAAAAGAAGAAUUGAUGAAAAGUAACGUUGAUUGGUCCAGUGAGCUUACAAGUUUACUGAUAUGUUUAUUUCCUAUUGAGUUGGAGUGGAGUAGCAUCAAGACGAGGCACAUGUAAUUAAUAAAAAUUAUCUGCUUUUGUUUUUGUCAGUGCAAAAUAAAGGACUUUACAGCGAGAAAAAAAGGUAUUUUACUUCAACAUAACUAUAAGUAGAAAAAUAAUAUAUGUAAAUUGACACGAAAAAAUAUUUGAGCGCUUUUAUUACCGUGUUUAAGAUGGACGACAUAAUUCAAUUAUCAAAUUGAAAUCUGUUUGAAUCUAGUGCCUCUAACGUCUUUCGUAACGAAGCUUAACAUAGCGGACAGAAUUUCAUCCAACUGAUAAUUUCUGCUUUACUUCAUUUGUGCUUCGAAUACUCAAUUUUGUGCUUCGAACUUAGAAAGUGUUUAACAAAAAUGUCCUGGCUGGAAUUGAUCAGAAGUGAUUGCUUUCAUUAUGAUUCAUAGGCGUUGCACUGAGCAGUUAUUCUACGUAGAAGGAAGAUUUUUGUCGUUCCGCAAUUUUCACGCAAAAAUUAAACAUCUAAAAAAAUUUUAUUCGCGGUCUUCUUCGCCUCGAAAUCGUUCCCAAAAAUUCGUCCACAAUAUUGGGAAUAUUUUGUAUAACAACCAAAGAGAAAAUAAGUGAGAGAAAACGGUUCGUAAUUUUAUUUCCAUUAAUGCACAAAGAGAUUAUUUGUUGGGAAUGCACGACAGGAUGUCUGUGGAGGCGAUAUGGUGACUAUGGAGGGGAUAUGGUUACUGUGGAGGGGAUUGGUGACUGUGGUGACUCACCUCUCACCGUCACCUCUCUCUGAUGAUUCGUUCCAACAAAGAACUGGAGGAUGAGCUUGUCUUCCUGAUUGUUGGACUUCCUCCACUUCUUACGGCGCUUGGGUUGGAGCUCAGAGGCCAUGGUGGGCGAUGAAGAAUCGCGCUCACUUCCUGGUGUCCACACCUGACCUGAGUCUUGAAGAUUCAGUUAAAUUAGAAAAAAUUAUUAUUAUAAUUGAAUAAAAGCUUUAGGAAAAGAUUACGUGAGACUGAUUAGUAAAUCUGUAACUUAAUUCCUUGAACCGAUGUACAAC